AAGUAAACCUGAUUCUAGAGUUGGUAAUUGUCUUACUGAUGAAGCACUAAUUUAUGAUACAAAGGAAUUCAAUCAAAAUAUUGCCGCACACCCCGGGCAAUUAACAAAUCCCAAUGACCAGUGCAAAGCCAUUGUAGGACCUAAUUCAUAUUAUGGAUGGGGCAAUGUUCUGAAAUCAUUCGCGGAUAUAUGUACUUCAAUGGCUUGUAACACGGGAGAGAGUGAAAAUGCGUUUGUAUUUGGAACUGCAUUUAGGGGGACUUCAUGUGGAGAUAAAAAGUGGUGUCUAGAAGGUCGAUGUGUAAGUGACGCAGAAGCUCCUAGCAAAGAUCCUGAUUGUGUGCAUGGGGAUUCAAUCAAAACAUUUUCCUUCCUCGAGAAGACGUGCGCUCAGGUUGUAGCUGAAACCCCUUCCCAAUGCUAUAAAUCCAACUACAUGACGAGCUGUUGCGAAUCCUGUGGGAAAGCUGCAAACAAAUUAAAACCAGACUGUCCAUUUGGCGAUAGAAGUGACUCUUGUUCUAAGAUUCUGACUAACCCCUCUCUGUGUUACGUAGAGGAGAAGGAUUGUUGUGACACUUGUGAUAAAGUGAGCACGGGACCAGAAGGUUGUGAAUAUGGUGAUAAAAUAGACACAUGUGUACCAGAGGAUUGUGGUACAGACGAAGCAUACAGAGAUCAGUGUUGUGAUACGUGUGCUGACUAUGUUCCGCCAAUUAGUACUACACCACCACUGACAGAACCAACAACAACAACAUCUACUACUACUACUACAACUCAGCCACCAACAACAACUACCCAACCACCACCUACGACAACAAAGCCACCACCCACAACUACGACUAAACAGACAACUACCACAGAAGCGCCAACUCCGUCACCAAUUGUACAGACAACCACACAAGCACCAACUCCAUCGCCAACGGAACCACCCACACCUCCUGCAGCAAGUGAACCAACAACACAAAUAACAACAACAGCUGCUCAGCCAGUAACCACGGCAACUACAACACCAACAACAAGGACAACAACAACUGUACUAACCACAACAGCAACUGUGUCACCGUAUCAACAUAUGUGUGUCAACCCUUCAGUUAAGUUUGGAUUUAGGUCCUGUACAGAAGUGGGACAGCAGCUGUAUAUUCCUUGCCAUAAUAACAUGUUUAGAAGAUUAUGCUGUAAAGAAUGCGGAGCAUGUGCGGAUAGACAAGACAGAAAAUGUUGGGAUGUACAACAGAAUCCUGGACAAUGUUUCUACAAAAAUGUCAAGCAAGAUUGUUGCGAGACAUGUACAAAAAUUGCCGAAAAAGGUUGUGUCGAGGAUGCUAACAAAUUCUGUGAAUAUUUUGUCAAGGAAAACCCCAUUUACGUUUGUGAAAAUUACAGAUCAGUAUGUUGUCAAUCAUGUAAACCAUACCCCGUCAACGCUUUGUUUGCACGUUCUGCCAAAGGAAACACUCAACCUACAAAAAUGCAAACUCAGAUAGACUCAGUCUUGAAAAAAGCAUCUGAUCCUAACUUUGUGGUAGAUUUAAAUAAAGAACAUUUGAGGGAUAUUCCAGAAGCUCAACAACUUGAGAAGGCAGGAAUAAGGGAAAGGCCAAAGAAACCCGAAAGGAAAAAGUUUCAAUCUAGAGGUUUCUUAAAUCUUAGGAGAACCUCGGGCAAUACUCGAAGGCCCGCCAAUACUCGAGGUCGAGGAUCCGGCAAUACUCGAAUCCGAGGAAAUAUUCGAAGACCACGUCUACAACAAGGGAAUACGCGAAGAAGAUUUCGGGCACCUCGAAGGAACAAUCGAAACCGUCGGCGUAAUGUUGGAUAAAGUGUUGUUUUUUUUAAUUUUAUCUAACAUAAUAAUUUACAUCUUUUGAACUUAAGUGUUGGUCAAUGUAUGUACAGGACUAGUGCAAUAAAAAAAUUCUCUAUA